AUGCAGGAGGAGCGCAGAGAGGAAGCAGACGCCGAAAGACCCUACGCUAUAUACCGAGCAAAGAUGAUUGAUUCGGAUGGCGAGGCGGAUGUCGUAGUUAAGUUUACCGCGAGGUAUAACAAAGCGGCGCAUAAACUUCUGGAAACAGAACAACUAGCUCCCAGAUUGCGAUACUUUGCUCGCCUUAUCAGCGACCAUUGUAUGGUCGUGACGGACUACGUUGAGAGUCUUCCGUUAUCUGAUUGUCCGAAACAGAAGAACUACCUCGAUAUCCUUGACCGCGUUGAGAGGGCGGUGCAGUUGCUCCACAGGGGAGAUUUGGUGUUUGGAGACCUCCGUCCUCAGAAUAUCGUACUCCAUCCAAAAGAAGGAGCCAUGCUGAUCGAUUUCGACUUCGCUGGAACGCAUGGUGUUGAUAGGUAUCCUGCAUCUUUU